AAAAAUAAUUAGAUUAGAUACAGCUUUCAAGUUUCAUCUGUAACAUCUUUUAGCUUAGCUGCUCGUUUCACCUACCUGCACUCAAACUAUCCCGCAGAGAGACAGAAGACUGGUUCAUUGAUCAUCUCUGCAACUUCCUUCACCAUAUGAAGCAACCCAUUAAAUUCAAAUCACGUCGGGAAUUUUUGUAAGCUGUUUCUCUGUUCUUCUCUCUUCUGAGAGAGGAGAAAGAGACGGAGGGAGGGAUUGAGAGGGAAUGAAGAAAUUAAGGAGCUAUUAUCUACACCUGAAACACCCACAAACAAUGGAGCGAAAAUGGGUAAUACCAUUAGCGAUAGGCUCCAUAGUUUCCCUAUUCCUUCUGUUUCUUACAACCCUAACAUCGCCUGAUGGUUCUCCUCUGCUCCCUAUCUACCGCUCCAUCGCUGAAACCAGCUCCAUCUUCGUUGAAUCGAAGAUUCACCCAUUGCCCAUUUCGUCUUUUCCUCCGCCGCCGCGGUUCGCCUACCUCAUUUCCGGCUCCACUGGCGACGGCCACAUGCUAAGGCGCACCCUCCAAGCUCUCUACCACCCCAACAACCGCUACGUUGUGCAUCUAGACCUCGAGUCUUCAUCCGAUGAGCGCCUUGAUCUGCUGAAUUACGUCAAGAAUCAACCUGUCUUUGUGAAAUUUGGUAAUGUGAAAAUGAUUACGAAAGCAAACCUUGUAACGUACAGGGGACCAACAAUGGUGGCGAACACGCUACACGCCGCGGCGAUCUUGUUGAAGGAAGGUGGGGACUGGGACUGGUUUAUUAACCUCAGUGCGUCGGAUUAUCCCCUUGUUACUCAGGAUGAUCUGCUGCACACUUUUUCGUAUUUGCCACGCGAUCUUAAUUUCAUUGAUCAUACUAGCGAUAUUGGGUGGAAGGAGUUUCAAAGGGCAAAGCCGGUUAUCAUAGAUCCAGGGUUGUACAUGACAAAGAAAGCUGAUGUUUUCUGGGUUACACAGCGAAGAAGUGUGCCGACAGCCUUUAAACUCUUUACAGGUUCUGCUUGGAUGAUGCUCUCUCGUCCUUUCAUUGAUUUCUGCAUAUGGGGAUGGGACAACUUACCGCGAACUGUUCUGAUGUACUAUGCGAACUUCAUAUCCUCCCCUGAAGGCUACUUCCACACAGUGAUCUGUAAUGCUCAAGAGUUCCGUAACACCACUGUGAACACGGAUCUCCAUUUCAUUUCAUGGGACAAUCCUCCCAAGCAGCAUCCCCACCACCUUACUAUUGCUGAUAUGCCACGAAUGAUUGAAAGUAAUGCUCCAUUUGCAAGAAAGUUCCGCCACAAUGAUCCAGUGCUCGACAAGAUAGACUCUGAGCUCUUGUUCAAGGGUCCAGACCUGCUUAUUCCAGGUGGAUGGUGCAUAGGAAGUUCGGAAAAUGGCUCCGAUCCCUGCUCUGUUGCAGGUAAUACUUCAAUCUUGAGGCCCAGAUCCGGUGCAAAAAGGCUGCAAAAUCUGAUCACCUCUCUAUUAUCGAGUAAUAACUUCCGCCCAAGGCAGUGCAAGUAGCAAGAAUCCAGGUUAUAAAACACUUCUCAUGCCAUUGGUUUAUUUUGUUAUCAGCGGAUGGAAGAUGUGUAACGAAGUUCGUGUUUCUUCCACCUUGGGAAAAAUGCUGGCAAGCAUGCUGGACAAUCCUGGUGGCUCAUUGGGUAUCACAGAUGAGAUGAUGAAAUGAGUUGGUGGAAGGAAAUGAACUACAUAGCUGGCGUUGCUUCCUGCUAUACAGUAACAUGCUAUUCUAGAUGAACUAGUUUUUGUGUACUAGUAGCUCCAUAUUUUUCUUUGUUUUCUACUGUAUUCCCCACGCAUCACCCUUUUUCAGUGUAGAAGCUCCAUGGACGAUGGUGGUAUCCCCUACUAGGGGUGCCGGCUUGUUCAUCAUGGUAUUGCUGAUUGAGGGAGAACUCUUAGCAGUAGAUUGAAAGUGAAAGUUAGGAAAGAAGGAAAGUCAGAGGAAAUUCAUUAUACACGAUAUGUAAUCAGUUUUUCUUUUUUAAUAUAUUUUUUUUGUCUAA